AUGGCUCCCAUUGAACGCAUCACCCUCUUCAAGAUCCCCAAUGACGCGGACGCGGAUCGCUUGUUGGAGCAGUACAAGAUUCUUGUGAAGACAGCUACAAAGGACGGAAAACCCUACAUCGUUGCCGCCGCAGUGGGCAAGUCCAUCCACGAUCCCCGAAACCGCGGCUUUAACAUCUCCGUUAAGACAACCUUCGCCUCGAUGGAGGAUAUGAAGUACUAUGACUCGGAGUGUGAGGCUCAUAAGGCGCUGAAGGCUAUGGUUGCGCCGAUUAGGGAGGAUGUUAUGACAACAUUCUUUGAGAAUGUUCUCUAA